UGACAACACACACUGAGCGGAGGGUCCGCUGAUAGUGCCGUCGGCAGAAUUUUCAUUUUUUACGAAAUCGAACUGUUUUUCUUUCUUUGGUAGAGGACGUUGUCGUAGCGUCGCGUCGCGUCGAUCGUGUUUUUUGUCGUUUUUGAAAUCGUUGUUCCGGUCUUUUCUUUCACAUAGUAUUCGCCCCUAGGAAACCUUGUGAAAACUAAUAGCUAGAGGCGAUAUAGAAAAAUAAAAGAAUUGUGCAAAUGGUGCUAACAUUAAGCAACAACUAAAUAUUAUCUGUAGAGCAUCUUAAGAGCGGGCCUUGCCGGUCAAUGUUCGUCAUUUGUUUCGAAAUCGGCGCCGUUGACGUCGUUGCUCACGCAAUUCUCACACAUUUUCCACAAUUUGCCAAACAAAUUUUGUGCUUGUAAAAAUCGAAAAUAAAAGAAUCGUUAAAAAUUAAAUUGGCAAGAAACGUGUCAAACCAUACAAAAAGAAUAGCCACAAAUAAUUCACAAAAAGAAAAAUAAAUAAUAAUAAUAAAUAAAAUCAAGUGCUGUGUUAAAGUGCAAAACACGAAAAUGUUGAAUUGUUGCUGCAACAAAUUUGUGCAAAUUUUUUAAAGUGUGCCAAAGUGCAGCCCAAAGUAAAAAGAUUUAGGAAAAAAGCACAAGCGUCUGCAGGAAAAUUACUAAAAAAAAAAAUUCAAAUCGUAAAAGUUUCGAAACUGCAACAUGUUGGCGUUGCAACCACAAACCUAAGCACACAGCAACAACGUUACGUACAACAACAAGAAAUUCGUUUAGUUGUUCGACUUUCAGGCUUGAAAGACCCCACUGUUGACUGCUCUGACAUGACUAGGAAGUCAGUGGAGUUGAUAAAAUGCAUUAUCAGCGGGGAAGACGAAGAUGAAGAUCCGCAAUAUCAACAGCAACAGCAACAGCAGGAAGGGCAAGCCAUGAAAUUGAAAAGUGUUAAACAAGUCUACGAUAUGAUAACCUAAAUUUCCUGGCAGCAAGCGGCGAAUUUAUUUCAACUGGAACAGAGAACUCUAAAAGAAAACGAAUACAAGUAAAACCAAGAAAAAUCAAAACAAAAACCCACAACGAAACGAAAGUAAAGGGAUAUAUAUAUAUACAUACAUAUAUAUUUUUUUUUAAUGUUAUUGAAACGGGGCGUUCAUAUGUUUCAACGAUAUUUAAGGGCGUGCCGCACGCCCAGCAACAACUGACAAACUGAGGGGGCAGUGCCCAACAGCAACAGUCGCAACAAUUUUAUAAACAACAACAAGUACUUGAAAAACUGAAAAAAAAAGAAAAAAACAUCAGCAACAACAACUAAAAACUCUUGUGAAACUGCAGUUGUAAUCUUUCAUGCGAAGAAACCUGCGUUUGGAUUGGAGGGCCCUGGCGAUGCUGGGCGCCCUCCUUUCGUUUAUCAUAGCCUGGUCGGGUCUGGUGUAUGCAUUGCCAGCGCAAACGGCGAUAUCGAACCAACAGCAAGCCACAAACAAUACACAAGCAAACGUAAAUAAUAUCAAUAGCAACAACAACACUAACAGCAACAGCAAUAGCCGUAAUCAAUAUAGUAGUAAUAGUUCUAUACAAAGUGAUCAUAGUCGUAAUAGUCGUGAACAUAGUUUAGAUCAAAAUCAAAGUAUUAGUGCUGAAUUUAAUAUGCGAACGUUAAACAUAACAAAUCCAUCAACUGCCAUAAACUCAAUUACCGCAACAACAACAGCAACACCCAGCAGCAACAGCAACAGCAACAGCAACAGCGACAGCGACAGCAGCACAACAGCAGCAACAAUUGCUGAUGCGGAUCCUUUGGGAUUUGUCUUCUCAUCGGCGCCACGUGAACAUUUGGCAAUACUCUCACGCACAGAGCGCAGCAUACGACAUCAGCAUCUGCAUCUGGAUCAUCAGCAACUGAAUAAUAGACAGCAGCAACAAUCGCCUGUUGCUGCUGCUGCUUCGGCUGCUGCUGUUGCCAGCAACAGCAAUUUCAUUGGUUCGAAAUCGAAAAGACUGAAUAACUCUAGAAAUAAUCUACACAUAAAUAGUAGCAGUAACAACAAUCCCAACAGCAACAUCAACAACAACAAUAAUCCCAGCAAUUUGGAUCGCAACGAACGCUCCACCAUCUCCCAUAUGGCGGGUGUAUCGCGCAAAAUCCAGUUAUAUAUCAAGAACCGUAUACUACAGCUGCUGCCAGAUGGUACUGUAAAUGGCACACAGAACGAGCAGAGUGAAUACACCAUUCUGCAGCGCUCAACUGUGGAUGUGGGUCGUAUUAAGAUACAAAGUGUGGCCACCUGCUUGUAUCUGUGCAUGGAUGCUUGUGGCGCAACCUAUGCCUCGAAAGACUUCACCGACGACUGUGUCUUCAACGAGAAUGUGGAGCUGCAUAAUUACAACACAUACUCCUCCACAUACAACUCGAAUUCGAGGCGAAAAUUCUAUUUGGCGCUAAAUCGUUAUGGUGCGCCGCGUCGCACGCAAAUUCCGGCCACCAGGACAUUGGGCAAGCUGUCCACGUACACGAAUGCGAUCACCGAGACGGUGCCGCAGGAGCGUGUCGAGCAGCUGAUAGCCAAGAAUUUUGGGGCCAAUCGCGUCCAGCAUGGCGUGCGCCAACUCUGUGAUACCGGCAAGCCGCUGAUAGAGCUCAUCGACGCGGCACACUUCAUGCCGCGACCGAAAUGUAGCAGUAGCAGUGGCAGCAGUGGCAGCGGCAGCAGCAGCAGCAGCAGCAGCAGCAGCAGCAGCAGCAGCAGCAGCAGCAGCAGCAGCAGUAGCAGCAGCAGCAGUAGUAGUGGUAGCAGUAGUGUUCCUGUGCCUGAGUUCAGGUCCAGCAGCCUGCAUAGUAUUAGUAACAAUAGUCAAAGCGACAACGGCCAUAUUAGCAGUAGCAUUAACAGUAACAAUAGCACUAGCAGUAACAUUAGCAGUAGCAUUAACAGUAACAGUAGCAAUAGCAGUAAAGUUAACCGGCCCAGGAGGAAGAAAAACCAGCGCAAGUGCCGGCCAAAUGAUGAAAAUUGCCUGAAGCGGGUCGCGGCCGCCGGUACAGGUGCGGGUGCGGGUGCGGGUGCUUUGCGCAAACGCGGCCCCAAGGCUCAAGGCGGCAAGAAGUCGCCUGGAGCGGGAGCAGGCAAGCGCACACACGCAGCAGCAGGCGCCAACAAGGGCGCACAGCAUAAGCCCCGGGCCCAGGGCAACGCGGGCGGCAAAAAAAAGCACCCCAAAGGCGCCAAACCGCGGCCCAAUGCUGGCGGCAAAAAACAGAGGGGAGGCAACGCGGGCAAACGCCUUGUCACAAAGAGGCUGCAGCGCUUGUUAGAGCUGAGCAGCACGACAACAACAACAACAACAACAGCAGCAACAACAACAACAACGAGCAGCGGUAGCAGCAGAAUGGCCAGCAGCCUAGCAACGCCGGGUGACAGCUGGGAGAGCAGCUCGCCGCUGCCGGCGCUGGCGCUCAGCGAGACCAGCGAUCGUGUCGAGCGCAAUGUGCGCAUGCCACCAGCCAGCGCUGAGGAGGACCUGGAGGAGGAGGAGCACGAGAACGAGCCAGAGAUGGACUCGGAGGAGGAGAACAGCGAUGAGGAUGCACGCAGCUCCGCUGGAGACGAUUCGCUCUACUACGAUCAACUUGAUUUCCUCCAAUUGCUGUUCCUACAGCUGCUGCUGAUUAUGCUCUGGCUACAGCCGAGUACCGCCCUCUGAGUUGGCUAACUGGGAAUAUACAAGUAUCUAGACGUACCACCGAAACACACAAGCUAUAGUUCCUGAUCUAAUUUAUAGGCCUAAGUUUCUAUUCA